GGAGUUGACAGCUUGCUGACUGCUCUACAGAAUUUGGACUUGUGCAUACCCACAGUUGUGUGAGGAUCCUGCUACAUAAACCUCAGCUGGUUAUUUCUGCUGAAAACCCUGCGUAUCAAGGGACACUCUUCUGAAGUUCUCUGCAGGCCUCCUUCAGGUGACCAUGGGGAAGAGAGUGGCCAUCAUUGGAGCUGGCAUCAGCGGCUUGGCCUCUAUACGGUGCUGUUUGGAAGAGGGGCUGGAGCCCACCUGCUUUGAAAGGAGCAAUGAUAUUGGAGGCCUGUGGAAAUUCUCGGACCAUGCAGAAGAAGGCAAAGCCAGUAUUUACCAGUCUGUAUUCACCAACUCUUCCAAAGAAAUGAUGUGCUUUCCAGACUUCCCUCACCCUGAUGAUUAUCCUAACUUUAUGCACCACAGCAAGAUCCAGGAAUACAUAAAGACAUUUGCUCAAAAGAAGAAUCUUCUAAGAUACAUACAGUUUGAGACCCUGGUUUCCAGUGUAAAGAAAUGUCCCUCCUUCUCAGUCACUGGCCAGUGGGAAAUUGUUACUGAAAAGGAUGGGAAGCAGGAAUCUACCAUAUUUGAUGCUGUAAUGAUUUGUUCAGGUCAUCAUGUAUACCCCAAUCUGCCAACUGAUUCCUUUCCUGGCCUAGACAAAUUUCAAGGCAACUACCUCCACAGCCGGAAUUAUAAGGGCCCAGAAGCCUUCAAGGGGAAGAGGGUCCUCGUGAUUGGCCUGGGGAACUCAGGAUGUGACAUUGCUGUUGAGCUCAGUCAUCUGGCUACACAGGUCAUUAUCAGCACCAGAAGUGGCUCCUGGGUCAUGAGUCGGGUUUGGGAUGAUGGCUAUCCUUGGGACAUGGUAUAUAUUACCCGCUAUGUAUCCUUUCUCCGGAAUGCCCUUCCUUCACUUGUCUCUGACUGGUUAUAUGUCAAGAAGAUGAACACAUGGUUUAAGCAUGAGAACUAUGGCCUGAUGCCUUUAAAUGGCACCCUGAGGAAAGAGCCUGUGUUCAACGAUGAGCUUCCAGCCCGCAUCCUGUGUGGCACCGUGUCCAUCAAGCCCAGUGUGAAGGAGUUCACAGCCACCUCAGCCGUGUUUGAGGAUGGGACUGUGUUUGAGGCCAUCGACAGUGUCAUCUUCGCAACAGGCUAUCAUUACAUCUACCCCUUCCUGGAUGAUUCCAUCAUCAAAAGCAGAAACAACGAGGUCACCUUGUUUAAAGGCAUUUUCCCCCCACAAAUGGAGAAGCCCACCUUGGCUGUGAUCGGCUUUGUCCAGUCCCUGGGGUCUGCCAUCCCCACAGUUGACCUUCAGGCCCGCUUGGCUGCUAAAGUAUUUACAAACUCAUGUACACUGCCAACUGUGAAUGAAAUGAUGGAUGACAUUAAUGAGAAAAUGGGGCUAAAACUCAAGUGGUUUGGUCAGAGCCAGACUUUGCAGACAGAUUACAUCACAUACAUGGAUGAGCUGAGUUCUUUCAUAGGAGUCAAGCCUAACAUACCAUGGCUCUUUCUUACAGAUCCCCGGCUUGCUCUGGAGGUGUACUUUGGCCCCUGUACCCCAUACCAGUUUCGACUCAUGGGACCAGGGAAGUGGGAUGGGGCCAGAAAUGCCAUCCUGACCCAAUGGGACCGGACAUUGAAGGCAACCAGGACAAGAGCUGUCAGUGAAGCUCAGAGACCCCACCACUUUUACAUUUUGCUUAAAAUACUUUCAUUCCCAGUGCUCCUUCUAGCUAUUUUGCUUACAUUUUAUUAAUUACAAAGUCCUUUAGGUCGCAAAGCCUAGCCUAGAAGUUUAAUCACAGAGAUUUUUAUAUAUCAGCCCAUAGCUCUUCUUUCCCUUCCUGCAAAUAUAAAAAUGAGUCCUACCCCAUGUAACUCAAAGUCUAAAUGAAAUGGAAAAUUCUUAGCGUCUCUCUUUCUAAUGGGAAUCUAUACUCCAAAAGGCUUUGUGCAUGCUAAAUUGGCAAGUUUGGGGUUGCUGGAGAUGAGGAAGGGAAUGGGAAAUUGAAUGGUAAUGAGUACAGAUUUGCAGGUUGAACAAAGUUUAAUACACUAUUUUAAAGGGUGUUUUAUCAUGUCAAUUAUAGUAUUACAACCAAUGUGUCUUCUCCGCCAUUAACUGAAGUUCAUAUCAAUAAAUAUAAUGAAGAGAUGAGUUAAUUCA